AUGGAGGGCUCAGUGCUACUUAAAAAGCCCAUUGAGGAACCAAAUGAUAAACAUGCAGAAGCUCUUCGUCUCUUUGACAAGGCAACAGAAAAAGAGCAGCAUGGACUUAUGUCAGAGGCCGUGACUUAUUAUCGACAAGCGUUUAAACUCAAUCCACAAAUUGAUAAGGUCUAUCGCGAACAGAAACUACCCACUACUCAUGCAAAACUUGUUAAAGCACAUGGUAAGAAUUUCGGGCGAAAAGUCGAUCCUGCAAAACUCAAAGCCAUAGACGUAGAUACUCUUCUAGCUUCGUUUGCGGUUGACGUACCACACGCCCCUGAUCCCAGCAAUCCCGAUCACUACGAUGAUGAGCAUGUUGCAAUUAAGUUUGCAAACCUCGGCAUUGACAACCACGAUGAAUAUCCAGAUGUCGAACCGGUUUCGAUCUUGACGAAAUUACCCCAGGAGCUCUGGGUUCGUAUAAUGGUGCUCUUGAUAGAAAUUGAUCCUGAGGCAUGGUUCAACUUUGGCAUUUCAUGUAAAAAGCAUGCAUUUUAUGCAUUUUAUUCAUCGCAGGUAUGGAAAAAGUUGUGCUAUUUGAUAUAUCCAACCCAAAGCUACGAAGAGAAUUACAAUGCAAAUCCGAAGAAACCUCUUCCAGUUCCUUUGAAUCCUGCUCAAUUACUCUCUCAGUAUGAUCAAUCAUGGAAAAAAAUGAUACGCAAUCGACCCUUCAUCAAGUAUUUGGGCUGCUACAUAAGUGUGGUCAACUACUAUAGCGAAGGUGGCAGAGCUGAGCUCUCUACCAACUGGAACAAUCCAGUUCGCACCAUAACAUAUUAUAGGUAUCUACGUUUCUACCCGCAUGGAAAAUGUAUCAUGGCGCUCACACGAUUGGAACCUACGAAAGUAAUUCCACAGUUUCUGAAAGACAACCAGCAUAGAAGAUUAUUAAAAAACACUGAAAGUAGAGAAAAUCAAAAUGUUGACCCUGCGGAAGAGCCUCACAAAAUAUUUCACGGCACAUGGGGAUUGUGUGGUGGUGACAUGUUGCACAUAGAGGUGAACAAUGGCUCUGUGUCAUACUACGAUUUUCACUAUCGCUUCCAAAUAAAAAAUCUCGGUGGCGCGCCAAAUCAUUCGAAGUUAUCAUGGAUUGACUUCCACGCGGUCUGGAAGCAGACGCCAGGUCAUGAGGAUCGUGAGGGCGAAAUCGUUGACUUUCAUUUGAAAAAUGAGAAAGAUUUCCGAUUUCUGAAGGUACGUCUGUACACGGUUGACAAUUAG